UGUCUCGAUUUCUUGUAUGUUUCGAGUCUGGUUGUAAUGAACGUGAAGCUUGUCGCUUUUAUUGUGUGGCCGUUGCGUUAGCGUCGUGCUUACUUCCGGUGCCCUACAAAUAAUAGAUUAUUAGGAGUAGAAAUACCACUAGAUGGUUCGGGCGCUCUGUUUCUGAGCAGAAUUAUGCCCCAGAUUUAUAGAGACAUUUGUGUUGUAUAAAUAAGCUAUUUCCCCGGAAUAUAAGCUAACAUUCUAUUAUUCAUAUCUAUUAUGAAAUGCCAGUUCAAAAUGCCACAGAAAAGCUGGAGACUUGCCUGUAACAUGUACAUGAAUAUGAAUCUAUUAAAGUAAAUCCAGCAGUUAAGAUGGAAGAAAAGCAGUUUGAGUCUCAGAGGCAGCGCAUGGAUUCAUAUCAGCACUGGUAUCAUACAACACAACAGCAGUUUCAACCAGAGCCAGUUCCUCAGUACAGCCAGAUGGUUAAUGUUCCUUAUUACCAGCAGGAUGUCAAAGAGUAUACUGUAAUGAAUGAAUUAUCAGUCCAUGAAGAUCCAGCUCAGAUCAGUCCGCUUCAUCAGCUGCCUGUCCAGCCUCCAGCUCUUCCAUCAACACCUGAGAAAGGGAAGAAGCGUGGAAGGCCACCAAAGCAGGGAAAAAAUGACCAAACUGAUGCUGAAGUCACUGUGAAAAAAGCCAAAAGAACUCUGGACAGAUUUAACGGCAUGUCUGUGGAAGAAGUCAUGGCCAAAAAACUGCCCGAUGUCAUCACCUACAAUCUGGACAUUCUGAUAAUUGGUAUCAACCCUGGAUUGUUGUCAGCCUAUAAAGGAAGACAUUACCCAAAUCCAGGAAAUCAUUUCUGGAAGUGCCUGUUCUUAUCAGGGCUCACAGAUGAGCAACUGAACUACAUGCAUGAUCAGACUCUUCCGGAACAAUACGGCAUUGGUUUUACUAAUAUGGUAGAGAGGACUACGCCUGGGAGCAAAGACCUCUCAAACAAAGAAAUUCGAGAAGGAGGCAAACAACUUCUGGAAAAGCUACAGAAAUACAGGCCUCGAAUUGCAGCCUUCAAUGGGAAAUGUAUUUAUGAAACAUUCUGUAAAGAGAUUUUCGGAGUGAAAGCUAAGAACCUGGAAUUUGGACUGCAGCCCUACAAAGUUCCAGAGACGGAAACGGUUUGUUACCUGAUGCCAUCGUCUAGUCCACGCUGUGCUCAGUUCCCUCGAGCUCAGGACAAAGUUCAUUUCUAUAUUAAGCUAAAGGAACUCAGGGACCAGCUGAAGGGUGUGGUGCAGAACAGGGAGAUUCAGGAGACAGAGUACACAUUCGACUUAGUCUUGGCCAAAGAGGAUGCCAAAAGAAUGUCCAUCAAAGAAGAGCAGCAUGACCCUGGCUAUGAGGAAAGCUCUACCAGUGCAACACUACAGACGUGCAGCUUCUAUCCUGCUAAUGAACAAGGUGCUGCACAUUCAGAACCUUCAUUAGCUUUGGGACAGGUCGGAUCUAACCAGUGGACGAUGCAGCCAUUUGCAGACCAAAUCCCAGACAUUAGGUACUCCAGCAACAAUGAGACGUCACAAUAUUUCUGAUAUAUUAAAGCAAAUGCUCUUCUGAACUGAAAAGAAGAUUGAUUUAAAGCAGUUUUACAGUAGCUACCUGACUUUCCAGUCAUGUCUUUCUAUUUAUUGUGUUUUGUAGAACUUUAGGUGUAGAUCAUGUACUCCAAAGCCAGUGUUUUUUUUGUUUGUUUGUUUGUUUGUUUUUUAAUCUUGCUUUAUGUGUGUAUUAUGAACGUGUAUGCAGAAGUGAUGGUUUUUACUUGAAUAUAGCAGCAUUUUGUAAAGUAAGCAGCAUAUUUUUUCCUACUGUGAGGAUAGAGUUCUCGAAACUGUGAUUUAGUUCAGUUUCUAUUCCUUUUUUCCCCACAACCAUUCACAGAACUUUUUAGCAAAGCAUUUUACCAGUUUUUCUAUGUUUACUAUGCUGAGGUCAUGCAUGAUGCAUGGGUUGGUCUACUUGCACGAUAUUUCACACUAAAUCAUACUUGUUGGUGCUUAUUUAUGAUUGCUGACCUCAACUGAAGGGUAUUUUAUACUCUUGCACUGUGGUAUCAUGGAAUGUUUGCACAAACCGUGUAAAACAGGAUUCAAACUUUAGAUGGACCACUUCAUGCAACAACACCAGGAAAACACACACAUGCAGUGCUGUGGUCCUCUAGGACUGAUAUUUGAGAACCCAGGUUCCACUGUUCUGUAUUUUAUUCUGUUCUUAAAUACUGAUUGUAUUUAAUGCUCCUUAAUGUUACGAAUUUACGUGAGAAUUUUAUGUAAAUGCUUUGGAACUUUGUUGCAAAGUGUUUUGAAUGUACAGAUGUUCAUCAAGCUAUCACUGUACAUACAUUUUUUUUUAAAUAUAUUUAUGGUGUAAUUACUUUGGUGUAAUUUUGUACCAUUAUGUUUUUUUUAAAAAGCAUACUGAGAAGUGUGUUUUUAAUAAAAAAUAAAAAAUAUUCACCACCCAGUCACAGCUGGACUGUUGAAAAUGACAAUUAAAAAGAAAAUUGUUGAACUCUAAA